CUAGGAGGGCGUGCAACCCGGACGGCGGGCGCGAGGUGGAAGAGCCCCGCUUUCGUCCUGCCCGUCCCCAGGUCGCGGAGCGUUGUUGGGGCGGUGUCUGCUCUGGUCUUGGGGAUGCAGAUGAGGCCAUCGCUCAAGCACCCGCUUUCCAGCAGAAAGAGCACUUACUCACCCGCCGCCCUGAUUUUGCAAAUUCUGUGAUUUAACCUGGAUACAAAAGUAGGAAAGCUAGCUCAGCCGAGCUGGUUAGUAAACUAUAGUUUUGUAGCGUCAGUAUACUAAUUUCUAAAGUUGACUGUCGCGUUAGGGUUAAAUUUUACUGUCCUGCCAGUUCAAGGGCAUACCCUCCUAUCACUAUUCCCCCAUCCUAAAAUCAGAUCGUGUUUAAUUUAUAUCAGAAAACUUAAUACAUACUUGUUGCCAAUUUCACUUUUUAAAAAUGUUUACUCCAUUAUAUUCUAAGCUUUUUGAGAGCUGAGAUUGACCUUUUUGCUUCUGUGUAUGUAUCUGGUAUGGUUUUGAACACAUGGUAAGCAUUUAUUUAAUAAGUACUUCUUGGUUAUUCCUGGAUAGACUCAUUUAUUCCGGAGCAAAAACCUUUGUAUCCUGAUACCCGGCUCAUGACAGCCCAUAGUAAGGUCCUUAGUGUUCACUGAAUAAAUUCAGUGACUGAAUUUCCUAAUUGAUCAAAUGGCAACUAUCCAAUAAUAUUUUCAUUUUAAUCAACUAAUGUUUAAUAUGCAUUUUUAAAAACAUUUUAUUACUACCUUAAAUGAGUCAACAUUAUUUGCCAUAGUUACAUUACUGAAAAUUAAUUUAAAAAUCAGCAUUAAAUCCUACAUAGAUACUGUUACUCUUGGAAGUCUGAAACAUUAAAAAGGGAGUUCUGCACGUUUUACAUACAUGUUAAAGACAGAUUUUUCCCCUCAAUGAAAAUUGAAAGAGAAUCAACAAGGAAAUUUCUCAGUAUCUUAUUCAUGUUAAUAUUGCAUUGUUUUGCUUCUAAAAUAAUUCCUUAAUAGAAUUAGUGGUAGAAAUUCUACAAAAUAGGAGACAGUGAAUGACAUGAAUGAUGUUUAGUUUGCCACUUAUUUAUUUACAAUCUCAUACCUACUUCCUUUCAAUAUGCUACUGGGAUGGCUGAUGUUUCUUAUUAUAAAUUCUUAGAGAUUUUUUUCACAGCUUUAAGUUAACAGUGCUUUUGUAUCCUUCAGGAAAGAAGAGAUUACUCCAAGACUUUCUGGGAAGUAACAUACCCAGUUGUUGUGAGCUCUUUUGAACAGCUCUUUCAGGACAGAAUGGCUGUGGAAUCCAGAGCAGUUUCAACCCUGGUACCUCAGAGUCCUCAGGAACAAGAACUGAUACUAGUGAAAGUAGAAGAAAGCCUUUCCUGGGGUCAGAAAUUAAAGCAGAAUGGGAAUACCCGAUCCUGCCAAGAAUUGUUUCGCCAGCAAUUCAGAAAGUUUUGCUACCAGGAGACACCUGGGCCCCGGGAGGCUCUGGGCCGACUCCAGGAGCUCUGCUAUCAGUGGCUCAUGCCAGAGUUGCACACGAAGGAGCAGAUCCUGGAACUGCUGGUGCUGGAGCAGUUCCUGAGCAUCCUGCCUGAGGAGCUGCAGGUCUGGGUUCAGCAACAUAGUCCAAAAAGUGGCGAGGAAGCUGUGACUCUGUUGGAGGAUUUGGAGAGGGAAUUUGAUGAUCCAGGACAGCAGGUCCCAGCUAGUCCACAAGCACCAGCAGUACCGUGGAAGGAUUUAACAGGUCUUGGAGCAUCCCAAGAGUUAAACAUCCAAAUCCAGCCUUUAAAGACACAGCUGAAACCUUGGGACCCUUGCAUUUCUCCCCAAAGUGGUUGUGAAAGUAAUGAAUCGACAACAAAGAAGGACAUUUUGGGCAAAAAAGCAGGACUUUGCCAGGAACUUUCAUUCGGAGGAUUUAGCGAACACGAAAGCAGUUUAGAGUGGCAGCAGGGAAGUGCUUCGGGGGAGAAAUUAGGAAGAUCCCCUGUCCAAGGAGGCAGUUUUAGUCAAGUAAUCUUCACACACAAAUCUCUAGGAAAGAUAGGCCAUCAUGAGCCUCAAAGAAGCUUGAUUCUAAGUGCAAACUCUGUAAUGUAUCAGAAAGUUCCCACGGAAGAGAGGCCUUACAGAUGUGAUGUAUGCGGGCACAGCUUUAAACAGCAUUCCUCUCUAACACAGCAUCAGAGAAUCCAUACUGGAGAAAAGCCCUACAAAUGUAACCAGUGUGGGAAGGCCUUUAGUUUGAGGUCGUAUCUUAUUAUUCAUCAGAGAAUACACAGUGGUGAGAAGGCAUAUGAAUGCAGUGAAUGUGGGAAAGCCUUCAAUCAGAGCUCAGCCCUCAUUAGGCAUCGGAAAAUCCACACUGGUGAGAAAGCUUGUAAGUGUAAUGAGUGUGGCAAAGCAUUCAGUCAAAGUUCGUAUCUCAUUAUCCAUCAAAGAAUUCAUACUGGUGAGAAACCCUAUGAGUGUAAUGAGUGUGGGAAAACCUUUAGCCAAAGCUCAAAGCUUAUAAGACACCAGCGAAUUCAUACAGGAGAGAGACCCUACGAAUGUAACGAGUGUGGAAAAGCUUUCAGGCAGAGCUCAGAGCUGAUAACCCACCAGAGAAUACAUAGUGGAGAGAAGCCCUAUGAAUGUAAUGAGUGUGGAAAAGCAUUCAGUUUGAGCUCAAAUCUCAUCAGACAUCAGAGAAUUCAUAGUGGAGAGGAACCUUAUCAGUGUAGUGAAUGUGGCAAAACAUUCAAAAGGAGCUCAGCCCUUGUUCAGCAUCAGAGAAUCCACUCGGGGGAUGAAAAACCCUAUGAAUGUGACAAGUGUGGAAAGGCCUUUAGUGUGAGCUCAGCCCUGGUUCUGCAUCAGAGAAUUCAUACUGGGGAGAAACCCUAUCCUUGCAAUUGGUGUAUUAAAAGUUUCAGUCGGAGCUCAGACCUUAUUAAACAUCAAAGAGUCCACACUGGUGAGAAACCGUAUAAAUGUGAUGAAUGUGGGAAAGCCUUCAGUCAGAGCUCAGACCUUAUUAUACAUCAGAGAAUCCACACAGGAGAAAGACCCUAUAAGUGCAGUCACUGCAGUAAAAGUUUUAGCCAGCGCUCAGACCUAGUUAAACAUCAGAGAAUCCAUACUGGAGAGAAGCCUUAUACGUGUAACCAGUGUAACAAGCAUUUCAGUCAGAGUUCUGAUGUUAUAAAACAUCAAAGAAUCCACACUGGUGAAAAACCAUAUAAAUGCGAUGUGUGUGGAAAAGCCUUCAGUCAGAGCUCAGACCUUAUCCUACAUCAGAGAAUCCACACUGGGGAGAAACCAUAUCCGUGUGAUCAGUGUAGCAAAAGUUUCAGUCAGAACUCAGACCUUAUCAAACAUCGAAGGAUCCACACUGGAGAGAAACCAUAUAAAUGUAAUGAAUGUGGGAAGGCUUUUAAUCAGAGCUCAGUCCUUAUUCUGCACCAGAGGAUUCACACUGGAGAGAAACCCUAUCCAUGUAACCAAUGUAGCAAAACCUUCAGCCGACUCUCAGAUCUUAUUAAUCAUCAGCGGAUUCACACUGGAGAGAAGCCUUACCCAUGCAACCAGUGCAGUAAAAUGUUCAGUCGAAGAUCAGAUCUCGUUAAACACCAGAGGGUUCACACAGGUGAGAAACCCUAUGAAUGUGAUGAGUGCGGGAAGACCUUUAGUCAGAGCUCCAACCUUAUUCUACAUCAGAGAAUCCACACCGGAGAGAAGCCCUACCCGUGCAGUGACUGCACUAAAAGUUUUAGUCGUCGUUCAGACCUUAUCAAACAUCAGAGGAUACAUACUGGAGAGAAACCGUAUGCAUGUAAUCAGUGCAAUAAGAGCUUUAGUCAAAGCUCAGACCUCACCAAACAUCAGAGGGUGCACUCUGGGGAAAAGCCCUAUCGUUGUGGCAGUUGUGAGAAAGCCUUCAGUCAGAGUUCGGACCUUAUUCUUCAUCAGAGAAUUCACACUGGAGAAAAACCGUACUCGUGCACACAGUGCAGCAAAAGUUUCAGCCAGAACUCAGACCGUAUCAAACACCAGAGAAUCCACACUGGGGAGAAGCCAUACAAAUGUAAUGAGUGUGGGAAGGCUUUCAGUCAGUGCUCAGCUCUUAUCCUACAUCAGAGGGUCCACUCUGGGGAGAAACCAAACCCAUGCGAUCAGUGUGGCAAAAGCUUUAGUCAGCGCUCUGACCUCAUUAACCAUCAAAGAAUGCACUCUGGUGAAAAGCCAUACAAAUGUGACACAUGUGGGAAAGCCUUCAGCACGUGCACUGAUCUCACUGAACAUCAGGGAAUCCUUACUGGGGAGAAACCCUGCAGGGCUCUCCAGUGCAGAAGUUUUACUCAGCUCUCUGACCUUACGGACCAUGGCCAAGACAGAGGACAUGUGACGAAUGUGGGAAAACCUUUAGUGUAUACACCAACUUUAUUCAGUACGAGAGACACUACACCAGAAAGAAAAUCUUAUGAGUGCUAUUGAUUAUUAUGAAAAAGGUUUUAAUCAAUGCUCAACUCUUAGGCUACAUUAAAAAAAAAAAACACCCCACAGUGGAUAGAAGACAUUGACUCAAUUUUUAUGAUGAAGUUUAACUUAGAGCUCAGACAUUACUGAACUUAAGAAAUUCUGAGGAGGAAUCUUGUGUGUUCUGGGAAAAUGUUCAAUGUGAAUACAAAUUUUAGUGAACAACAACAAUGGAAAGAAAUUCAUAUCUGCUAUAAUGUAAGAAAAGCUGUAGUCUUAUUGAAUACAAUCCACAAGAAGAGAGUUUUAUCAUUGUAAGAAAUGUGUUAACAGUAUUAAGAACCUUAUCAGACAUUGUAAAAAUCAGUCCUGUGGGGUAUGCAAUCAGAAUUUAGAAAUAUAAUCAUAUUAUAAUCCCAAAUAUUUGGUGAGCCCAAAUUACCAUUACAUAUCAGAGAAAUUGUUAGGUAAUGUAGGGAAAACUUAAGUACUUUCCACAAUUUAAUUGGCAUUUGCUCUGAUUUCACACGUACCUGCUGACAGGAGAGUUCUAGCUUAUGCUAAUGCUAGUUAUCAUUGAAUCCAUGUGUGUGAACAUGCUGUGCUAUUCUGGUGUACAUUUAUUAACUACAUAAAUCCAGUGCCCUACUUUCUCAAAAACAAUGUUUCGCCUAGUUUUGGUUUUCCUAAUGAGGAGUUUUUAACUUCCUGUGAUGUUCACAGCAAAUAUGGAUUUAUUUUGCUCUCAAUAAUGAAACCUAUAAACUUUAACAGUUUGAGAUCAGUUCUUCAGUAUUACCAUUUAAUUACAGCUUCUAAAUAUGUGGAACAAUUAAAAAAAGAAUUCUGUGUGUCAAAGUAUAAUGAUUUCUCUACUACUCUAUUUAUCUUGUCAUCUAUAGACUGAACAAAAUGAUAGCUAAAGUAAUACCCCCAUGACUGAUUUGUGUAGUAUAAUCUACUUUAAAAUAACAAGAUCUGCCCUGGCUGGUGUGGUUCAGUGGAUUGAGGGCCUGCCUAUGAACCAGAGGAUUGCUGGUUCGA